CUUGGAGGAUGAGUUUGCCCCAGAGGAGAAAUUUACAGAACCUCACCGUCAGCUGCCCAUUUAAAGCAGGGGGUGUGUGAUGGGAGGGGGUGGGAAGCUGCAGCAAACAGGGUCAGGACGUUGGGGAGCCGGAGAGACGGGAGUAACCUGUGUACACAGCCUUUCCAUAUACUAUGUCCUGGUGAGACUGCUAGUAAACGACAGCCUCAGACAAGAGGAACAGCAGCUCGUCAAGUCCUGCUCCGAGAAGGUCUAGAAACCCCAGAUGUCCCAUCGCCUUCUCCCCUCCUCUGCUGAGAGCUGCAGAUCAGUUCACGUUGACAGAUUGAAGGGUCAGUGUGCAAACGUUCAUGGGUCCUUGCUCUGCUAUUUUGAAUAGAGAAGUCCUUGAGUCUCAGUCCAGGAGACGUGGCCAGAAAGGGCUACUUUCAUAGUUGGGCCAUCCUGCAAACACUGUUUUCAAGGGCCUGCAAUCCGAAAAACUGCGGCGAAGGAAGCAGUUUCAUCGGUGCAGAAAAGGAGCUCUGGCAACUUCUGCUGAGACUUUUCCAUAGGAAAUCCUUCCCCCAAAAAAAGCAACAGCUGUUUUGAAGACCAACUUUCCAAAAAUUAUAUUCAGACAACUGAUUUCUUGGCUCCGUUCUCCAUACCCUAAUCUUCACUUGUGUGCUGGGAGGAUGACUUUGAGCUCAGAGAAGAGGAGCUAUAAAAAUCCAGGUUGACAUGAUGAAAGAAGCAUUAGAAAAACUUCAGCUCAACAUAGUAGAGAUGAAAGAUGAAGAUGCAACCUUAGAUGGUGGAGAUGUCUUAUUCACAGGCAGAGAGUUUUUUGUGGGCCUUUCCAAAAGGACAAAUCAACGAGGUGCUGAAAUCUUGGCUGAUACUUUUAAGGACUACGCGGUCUCCACAGUCCCAGUGGUCGAUACUUUGCACUUGAAGAGUUUCUGCAGCAUGGCUGGGCCUAACCUCAUCGCAAUUGGAUCCAGUGAAUCUGCACAGAAGGCUCUCAAGAUCAUGCAACAGAUGAGUGACCACCGCUACGACAAACUCACUGUGCCUGAUGACACGGCCGCAAACUGCUUAUAUCUAAAUAUCCCCAAUAAAGGCCACGUCUUGCUGCACCGAACCCCAGAAGAGUAUCCAGAAAGUGCAAAGGUUUAUGAAAAGCUGAAGGACCAUAUGCUGAUCCCCGUGAGCCAGUCUGAACUGGAAAAGGUGGACGGGCUGCUGACCUGCUGCUCGAUUUUAAUUAACAAGAAAGUAGACUCCUGAGUCGCAGUCUCUCCCUUGUAGCCGGCAAUACUGCACUUGUAAGGCCGAUAACUGUACCCAUUCCUACCGUUUUCAUUGACAAUCUUUUAUGCCACUGUGCUACUAACUCUGGUUUACAAUUCUAAACUUAAUUGCUUCGUUCUGCACCUCCCCCAGCGCCUCCCCUCGAGGUGGUACCUAAACUGUGGAUUUGCUCAGUGAAUUAAGCAAUCUAGAAAAUAUAGAGCUAAUGAAUUAUUGAAAUGUGAUUAAUCAUUGUAAGGAAACACUCGUUUUAGUGUUUGUAUUAUCAGUGUGAAAAUCGUUUAUUUGCCAAUAUAAACCGAAGAAUGUCUUCUUGAUCAGUCAGCUAAGCUGGAUUUUCUUUCUGUAUAUCAUUAAUUAUCUUUGGCUCCUGUGAAAUUCCCUGGUCUGUGGAUCCUCCUCCUUUCCCUCUUUGUUUCCUUCUGAAGUAUGAAAACUUUCCCACUUCUAUCACAGUCACCUUGACCUUGGGUAGAAUGCGGGGUCUUGCCUUCUGCACACCUCCCUGCAGGUCGACCCUGUCUGCCAGCAGUCUUUCUGCCCCGCCGCCGCCGCUGCAUCUUCUGCCGCCACCACCACUUUCCCCCAGAGGGUCAAACAGGCCCCUCAGCAGAGCCGUGACCAAAGUCAGAGCAGCUGUUUAGGGGAGAGUUCACUGCACAGAGGCACAUCCCAAUGGGGUUUGCCCCAGAGAUCUAAAUUCUAGAAGAAGUAGGGCACCACACCUAGGAAUGUGAAUUCAGCACCAGAUGGUUGCUAGGGGAUUGCAGAUCAAGAAGCUUGGACACACCCCAUGAGUACAACACUUUAGAAAGUCUUUAAGUCACAUUCCAUGAAUUUUUGCUUUAUUACUGGCCAUAUACAGACCUUGGGGAAUAGACUUAUUUUUUUCUUUCAAUUUACUUUCAUUUCCCCCCAUUGUGACUCACCCUGUUUCCAGGCUUCUACCCCUUCAUCUGCAGAGUUAUUUUUUUGCUGAUCUACAGAGUCAUUUCUUUCAAAAGAGACAUUGCAUCUAAAAAUGAUUAUUGAUGGUCUAGUGCGAGCCAGAUGGAGCAUGUUCAGGAAGUGAUAGGCUUGGUGCUUGAAACCAGCCGCGGACAAUGGACAAUUCUACUUUGAAAUAUCCAUGAAUAUUUACUGUGGAAUUCAAUUAAAACUUCUUUCCUCUGUAGCCUUCCAAUUACACAACCUUAAACUGACACGAAUCUCUUACAAAGAACAAUGCCGCAGUGAAGGGAGAGAUGGCUGUCUUUUACUUAAAUGAAAGAAUCAACCUUUUAGCAGACCAGGGAAAUGGUACUUUCCAAGGAAUGAUGACUGAUUCAGGCAUUUUAUCAAACUUCCCAGUCAUCUCCACCUUUCCUGUAUUGCCUAUGGCUAAGAUGAAGAUUCAGGGAGUUUCAGGAAUGCUACUUCAAGUCUUGCUAGGCUCACCUAAUGUGUUUGUAAUCAGACAUUCCUCAUGUUUGGUGACCAAGAGAGAAUACCUUCAUUCAUUUCAUCUCCCCCUGAACAAAUGGAAGUGAGAAACCUCUGAGCAAACCAAGACAACCUUAACUACUAUUUUUUUCAUUUAUUCGAUCAUUUUAUGUCAGAUUUAGAAGAAAUUCCUUCUCCUCCUUCUUUUUCUUUUUGCUUGACUUUAAUAUUCAUAUCACGUUCAAAUAUCUAAUUUCAUGCAUCCUAUUACUGAAACGUAUCUUGGUCACUGUCAUAUUUCCAACUGUCUCAUCAUGGGUGAAUAAUAUGUUUUUACCACAGAGAGAAUGAAUGUUACCCACAUGCCCAAGUUAAUAAAGAAAAAUUGUCCUCAGUAGUUAUGGUUGCCCUUUGGGGUUAAAUCCGGCCCUAUGCUGGCAAAAACAGAAAUCCUCCCUCAAAAAGAACCACAGGAAAACUCACUCACUCAAUCAGCCACUUCAGUCUUAAUAGUACAGCUAACUGGCGUAUAAUUUCCAAUAUCUUUAUUUCUAGCUUUCCAAACUAAAGAACUGUUCUCUAUUAUGUUUAGUAAAUUGCAAGUGAAUAAACUUUUCUUUUGAACCAUUUGUUCUACAGAAGGCUGUUUUCACUUUUCCUUUUCUUUGCGUCUUUCCAUCUUUCCUUCUCUUUGUCUCAAGAAAUCACUUAGAAUCUAUGUGCCUCUUCUACAGAACCUUAUUCUGCACUGCUACAUCACCUACAAGGCUGGCUUCUUUGGCCUCUCUCUGUGAUAUGAUGAUGUGAAAACCUAAAAUAUUUGCAGCAUAGUAGUAUUAUUUCUUUGGUGUACUCAUCAGCAUCAUGUUAUCUUUGAAGCGGAAAGACAACCCGCUACCCCGUUACAUAGGUUCCCCUCUUGUCCAUUGUGAUUUAUAAGGAAAAGCUAACAGAAACUGCUUUUUGACAUUAUAAAGACAUUAGAAAUUGUAUUUCAGUAAGUAAGAGUUGAGUCAGAAUCACUUGGUCAGUAAGAUUCAACUUACUAAGGACAAUAUAGAGAAAGUACAUGAUUUAGCAUUAUUUCUUCAACUGUGAUGAAUUGCUAUAGAAAUCAGCAGGCAGAUCUCUCUACUGUGUAUUGAUUGCUCUUUUAAGCUACUGUGAACAGGUUACUAAGGCCAUCUCUUCAUCUCGAAGGGGGGAAAUAGUCUGUAUAUGAACAAUGUGACUUAUUUAGAGUUGCAUGUUAGUCUUCGUAAUUAUUUACUCCUUAACAUUCUACAGAACUCAGACAUGAUUUCCACAUGGUGUUAGACUUGUGCAUUUGAUUAUACUGACCAUUCUGUUACAGCCAGUGUACGGUUAUCCACUCUGUGUGCCAAAACCAGUAAUGCCUUUCACAGCCCUUUAGUCCAGAGAAAUUCUGCACUGAUUUUAGUCUCUUGCUGUACUGAUCCUACAAGUAUACCAAUCACGAUGGAAUAAAGUGUGAGUUGUACUGUGA